AUGCUUGACACGGGAGCACAAAUAUCAGUGGUUACUGACUUGAAACUACUCCACAACUACACCAGCAACAUUACAAGAAACAUAACAGCCGCCAACAUGGGAACAUUAAACACUAUGGGCGAAGGAAUAUUGAUAUUACGUUUAUCCAAUAACGUAGUAGUUCAAUUCCCGGCUGUAUACUCAGAAGAAACACCCUCAAAUAUUUUAAGCGUAAUGCAAUUAACAGCUAAACAAAAGAUUACGGUAGAUUUCUACCAAAGAAAGAUGCUAGUCCAGGAUCACAAUAUCAAUAUCGAUAUUAUUCACCGAAAUGGAUUCUAUUGGCUAUCGAGUGAGUAUCUGGUUCUAAAUGAGACAAAUAUCCACUCGCCAGCCGAUGACGAUUCCCCGGUAAGUAUUUCGUUGUGUCACAUAAGAGAGAACACAGUACCUAAGAAAAAAUGGUCAUUAGAGUUCAUACAUAACUUAUUGGCACACGUCAAUAUAAAACAAAUUAGGAAAUCAAUCUCCAAUGGUGAUAUACGAUUCAUAAAACUUGAAGACAUAGAUUGGUCUGAUAUGAACUCGUUUACUUGCCAAUAUUGUAACAUUGGUAAAGGGAAAUUCCAUGAUCACUUCACAGAUAGUAGAGACGUUUAUAUGAAGAAGUUCAAAAAGUUUGAAUAUCUUCAUACUGAUAUCAUGGGUCCAUUCCGAGAGGAUAACACUAUCCCACCGAACUAUCUAAUAACGUUUAGUGAUGAGGUAACAAAGUAUCGAUGGAUAUUCCCAAUGUCCCUGGCCUCAGAACAUCAAGUGUCUGCUAUCAUGCGGAAACUAAUAUCAAAUAUAAGAACACAACAGGGAGUUCGAGUAAAGGAGAUCCUAAUGGAUCAAGGCUCCCAAUAUACUGGACGAAUGGUCCGAGACCUAUUGGAUGAAUUUGGUAUAGAAGGAAAAUAUACGUCUACAGGCGAUAAACGUUCAAACGGAGUAGCUGAAAGGCUCAACCGUACAUUAUUAGAUGAUGCUAGAACACUUCUAGCAAGUGCCAACCUUCCAGAAUUUUUAUGGUACGAUGCAGCUGAAUUUGCAGUUAUCGUUCGGAAUUCGAUGCAUAUGAGAAAACUCGACGGAUCUCCGAAUAUGGCAGCAGGUCUCGGCGGUAUCGCUAUCAACAAGAUAUUACCAUUUGGGCAACCGGUGGUAGUAUACUAUAACACUGGCAAGAAAACGUUGCCACGAGGUAAAAUAGUUUAUGCACUACACCCAGCCAAACAAUCCGAUGGCUAUACUUUCUACGAUCCUAGUUCAAAGCAAACUAUGGAGACUACUAACUAUAAAAUCAUUAACACCAUCCAAGGUGACUACCUCAAUAGCGAGGAAAACCUUGAUACCUUGAAUCAAGUAGAUGACAUCGUAAGACAGAGAUCAAACGAUCCAUCUACAGAUUCACAACGUCAUAUCACGCACAGGAAUCAGCGUGAACAGGAUUAUAUAUCCCAAGAGCGGGAUCCUACUGACGAACCCCAACAACCAGAGUCCGACUCAACUGAGACUCAUGGUAAUUACCUAAGAACUCAUAAGAACGAGUUUCAAAAGGGUAUAGCGACCCAUACAUUAGGAAAGGAUUCGAGAUACCCAGUUCGAAAUUCUUCGGACGUACCAUCGCAAUCACCACAGGAAGUACAGGAAACACUUCCAGUUGCGCUAUCCCCUGCAUCACCUCCCAAUAACAUAUUUAUUAGUCAAGAGCGACUAAUGGAGGAGGAAGCACGGUCGGUAAAGCAUCCGACAAAGCAUGUUCCUGCCGAGAAUGGCAAACGACCAGCGCAACGGGAUGAACUUGGUGUCUCUACCAAAAGGCCGAACACUAAGGCGUCCCCAGAACAAUGUUCACCUAUACCUGAACACUUGUCGCAUAACGACGACACCACAGAUACCUCUUCACUCAAUGAGGAGGAACGCCGAUCACUCUAUGACAAAUUAUCUGCCAAAUACAGAGAUUCCUCGAUUGAACUUCAAUCUACGGACUCUCUGUACGGGGGUGGAGGAUCUGACAUAGGCGAUCUAAGUAACCCAGAUAAACAAAUAAUGGGUAUUAUCAGCUGUACUAAAACAGAGCUGAAGAUUAAUGAUUCGAAGUCGGAUCAAAAUCAUGAACAUCAAAUCGAUGCCAUCGUAAACAUGCUGAUACAGGAAAAUCCUGUACAGACCUACGACAACAUAAAGCACGAAAAUCGUGUGAAGAUCCCAUUAGUGAACUCACUGAAAAUGGUUAGGUCUUUACCAAACACGAAGAUCGAUCGUUCUUUAUCUUAUUCACAAGCAAUAACAAAGAACAGUAACCAUCAAGAGAGGGAAGCCUUCAAGGAAGCUUACGACAGUGAGAUCGCACAACUCAUGAGAAGAGGUACAUGGGAUACAACAGAGGUUGAUAUAAAGUCAAUUGAACCACACAAACUAUUGAACACAAUGUUCAUAUUUACUACCAAAAGAGAUGGUAGAAAGAAAUGCAGACUAGUAGUAAGGGGAGACCUGCAACACUGGUCUACAUAUGAGAAACAUCUAGAGUCCAAUACCAUACACCAUUAUGCUCUAAUGACAAUAUUGAGCGUAGCACUCGAAGAAAACAUGAUUGUCAAACAGUUAGACAUCACUGCUGCUUAUUUGUAUGCAGACCUCAAAGAGGAACUGUAUAUAAGAACCCCUCCUCAUAUGAAAAUGCCAAAUAAAGCAUUCAGAUUAAGGAAGUCUCUUUAUGGAUUAAAGCAGAGUGAUGCAAAUUGGUACGGGACAAUCACUUCGUUCCUUAAGGAAAGAUGUGGCCUGAAAGAGGAUAAAAUAUGGUCCUGUGUGUUCACAAAAGAACCACCAUUGUCCAUCAUCGUUUGCAUCUUUGUCGAUGACAUCAUUGUUACCGGGAAGGAUACGCAAGAAAUAGAAAGAUUCUUAGAACAACUAAGAUCGACAUACGAGACAAAACUCGUUCAUGAUGGUAAAAUGGGAGAAGAUGGAACCGCCAGGUACGAUAUACUUGGACUAGACUUGGAAUACAAAAGAAAUGGAUACAUGAAAUUCGGAAUGUUAGACAUAUUGUCUCACAAAUUACCGCUUUUGAAUUUACCACUGAGAGAAGGUUCUAGGUACAACCAAGCUCCAGUUUCCUCAAGUUCCGAACCACCAAAGGUGGAUAAGAAUCUUUAUGUAACCGAAAAGGAUUACAAGUCAAAUGUGAAGAAGCUACAACAAGUAGUGGGAUUACUAUCAUAUGUUGCACAUAAAUUUAGGUUUGAAGCAUUAUAUCACGUAAAUGUUCUUGCUCAGUAUCAAUUGUACCCCACUGAUGAAGUCAUGAAAUGGGCAAACGAGUCAGUACAAUACUUCUGGAACACAAAGGAAAAGCGUCUAGUAUGGACAAAAAACAAGACUCCAGUAGACUAUGAAUUCACAAUAAUAUCUGAUGCAUCGGAUAGAUGCGAACCUGAAGGAAAGUCCAGACUAGGAUGGUUUUACGAGAUCUACGGUCACAAAAUUUCGGCCAGAUCGACAAAAUCAAGUUAUGUAUGUGAUUCAUCUACUGGUGCUGAGAUAUGUGCGAUGAAAGAAGCUACGAAGUUCGACUUUGCAAUAAGUGCAUUGUUAUUCACCUUAACAGGAAAGAGACCAAGAGUUAGACUACUAUCAGAUAACAAACCUGCGUUAGGUAGGAUCACCAACCCUAACUCCACUGUGUCCCCAUUCAAACCUACGUUUACAAGAACAAUGGAAUUAAGAGAAAAACAUAAUGAAGGUCUAUGUGAUUUCACAUAUAUUCCUACAGAACAAAAUGUAGCGGAUAUACUGACGAAAGUAUUGUCAGCAAAGAGAUUCAAUCGAUUAACAAAUGGAUGGUUGAUAUAG